CCAUUCCAUUCUCCUCAACCGAGCAAACACUUUCAUCACCAUCCACUCCUAUAACACUAAAAACCUCAACACCUGUGACAUCCCUUAGUUCUGAAUCAGAUAUAUCUACCACUUCAAGCAGAACAGAAUACAUAUCAGAAGAACCUUCAAAAGCACCAGUUCAAACGCCUCAGGUAUCGCCAAGUUCUACUCAAACAGAUGAAACUUUUGCUUCAUUUUCAACACCUGGAUUCAGCUCAAAUUCAUUGUCCCCACAAGCAACUGGAAGUGACACACAGUCAACUCUAGCAACCGGAAGCCCAAAAGAAACAACUGUGACAAUGUCUACAACAGAAGAAUCCUCACAGACCAUUCCAUUCUCCUCAACCGAGCAAACACUUUCAUCACCAUCCACUCUUACAACAUUCAACACCUUAACACCUGUGAUACCCCUUACUUCUGAAUCAGAUAUAUCUACCACGUCAAGUCGAACCGAAAACACAUCAGGAGAACCUUCAGAAACACCAGUCCAGACGACUCGGGUAUUGCCAAGUUCCACUUACACUGAUAACCCCUUAGGUUCAUUUUCAACACCUGGAUUCAGCUCAAUAUCGGUGUCCACGCAAACAACUGGAAGUCCCACAGAGUUAACUCAAUCAACAGGAAGCUCAAUAGAAACAGUUGUGACAUUCUCUACAACAGAAGGAUCAACACAAACUGUUGAGUUCUCUUCAACCGAGCAACCACUUUCAUCACCAUCCACUCUUAUAACAUUAAGGACCUCAACACCUGUGACAUCGCUUAGUUCUGAAUCAGAUAUAUCUACCACUUCAAAAAGAACAGAAUACACAUCCGGAGAAACUUCAGAAACACCAGUGCAGACGACUCAGGUAUUGCCAAGUUCCACGGACACUGAUAAACCAUUUGCUUCAUUUUCAACACCUGGAUUCAGCUCAAAUUCAGUGUCCUCACAAGCAACUGGAAGUGACACAGAGUUAACUCAAUCAACAGGAAGCCCAAUAGAAACAAUUGCGACACUCUCUACAACAGAAGAAUCCACACAGACCAUAGCAUUCUCCUCAACCGAUCAAACACUUUUAUCACCAUCCACUCUUAUAACACUAAAAACCUCAACAUCUGUGACAUCCCUUAGUUCUGAAUCAGAUAUGUCUGCUACUUCAAGCAGAACAGAAUACACAUCAGGAGAAUCUUCAGAAACAACAGUCCAGACGACCCAGGUAUCACCAAGGUCUACUCACACAGAUGAAUCUUUUGCUUCAUUUUCAACACCUGAUUUCAGCUCAAAUUCAGUGUCCCCACAAGCAACUGGAAGUGACACAGAGUUAACUCAAUCAACAGGAAACCCAAAAGAAACAAUUGUGACACUCUCUACAACAGAAGAAUCAACACAGACCAUUGCAUUCUCCUCAACCGAGCAAACACUUUCAUCACCAUCCACUCCUAUAACACUAAAAACCUCAACACCUGUGACAUCCCUUAGUUCUGAAUCAGAUAUAUCUACCACUUCAAGCAGAACAGAAUACAUAUCAGAAGAACCUUCAAAAGCACCAGUUCAAACGCCUCAGGUAUCGCCAAGUUCUACUCAAACAGAUGAAACUUUUGCUUCAUUUUCAACACCUGGAUUCAGCUCAAAUUCAUUGUCCCCACAAGCAACUAGAAGUGACACACAGUCAACUCUAGCAACCGGAAGCCCAAAAGAAACAACUGUGACAAUGUCUACAACAGAAGAAUCCUCACAGACCAUUCCAUUCUCCUCAACCGAGCAACCUCUUUCAUCACCAUCCACUCUUACAACAUUCAACACCUUAACACCUGUGAUACCCCUUACUUCUGAAUCAGAUAUAUCUACCACGUCAAGUCGAACCGAAAACACAUCAGGAGAACCUUCAGAAACACCAGUCCAGAUGACUCAGGUAUUGCCAAGUUCCACUUACACUGAUAACCCCUUAGGUUCAUUUUCAACACCUGGAUUCAGCUCAAUAUCGGUGUCCACGCAAACAACUGGAAGUCCCACAGAGUUAACUCAAUCAACAGGAAGCUCAAUAGAAACAGUUGUGACAUUCUCUACAACAGAAGGAUCAACACAAACUGUUGAGUUCUCUUCAACCGAGCAACCACUUUCAUCACCAUCCACUCUUAUAACAUUAAGGACCUCAACACCUGUGACAUCGCUUAGUUCUGAAUCAGAUAUAUCUACCACUUCAAAAAGAACAGAAUACACAUCCGGAGAAACUUCAGAAACACCAGUGCAGACGACUCAGGUAUUGCCAAGUUCCACGGACACUGAUAAACCAUUUGCUUCAUUUUCAACACCUGGAUUCAGCUCAAAUUCAGUGUCCUCACAAGCAACUGGAAGUGACACAGAGUUAACUCAAUCAACAGGAAGCCCAAUAGAAACAAUUGCGACACUCUCUACAACAGAAGAAUCCACACAGACCAUAGCAUUCUCCUCAACCGAUCAAACACUUUUAUCACCAUCCACUCUUAUAACACUAAAAACCUCAACAUCUGUGACAUCCCUUAGUUCUGAAUCAGAUAUGUCUGCUACUUCAAGCAGAACAGAAUACACAUCAGGAGAAUCUUCAGAAACAACAGUCCAGACGACUCAGGUAUCGCCAAGUUCUACUCAAACAGAUGAAACUUUUGCUUCAUUUUCAACACCUGGAUUCAGCUCAAAUUCAUUGUCCCCACAAGCAACUGGAAGUGACACACAGUCAACUCUAGCAACCGGAAGCCCAAAAGAAACAACUGUGACAAUGUCUACAACAGAAGAAUCCUCACAGACCAUUCCAUUCUCCUCAACCGAGCAACCUCUUUCAUCACCACCCACUCUUACAACAUUCAACACCUUAACACCUGUGAUACCCCUUACUUCUGAAUCAGAUAUAUCUACCACGUCAAGUCGAACCGAAAACACAUCAGGAGAACCUUCAGAAACACCAGUCCAGACGACUCGGGUAUUGCCAAGUUCCACUUACACUGAUAACCCCUUAGGUUCAUUUUCAACACCUGGAUUCAGCUCAAUAUCGGUGUCCACGCAAACAACUGGAAGUCCCACAGAGUUAACUCAAUCAACAGGAAGCUCAAUAGAAACAGUUGUGACAUUCUCUACAACAGAAGGAUCAACACAAACUGUUGAGUUCUCUUCAACCGAGCAACCACUUUCAUCACCAUCCACUCUUAUAACAUUAAGCACCUCAACACCUGUGACAUCGCUUAGUUCUGAAUCAGAUAUAUCUACCACUUCAAAAAGAACAGAAUACACAUCCGGAGAAACUUCAGAAACACCAGUGCAGACGACUCAGGUAUUGCCAAGUUCCACGGACACUGAUAAACCAUUUGCUUCAUUUUCAACACCUGGCUUCAGCUCAAAUUCAUUGUCCUCACAAGCAACUGGAAGUGACACAGAGUUAACUCAAUCAACAGGAAGCCCAAUGGAAACAAUUGCGACACUCUCUACAACAGAAGAAUCCACACAGACCAUAGCAUUCUCCUCAACCGAUCAAACACUGUUAUCACCAUCCACUCUUAUAACACUAAAAACCUCAACAUCUGUGACAUCCCUUAGUUCUGAAUCAGAUAUGUCUGCUACUUCAAGCAGAACAGAAUACACAUCAGAAGAAUCUUCAGAAACAACAGUCCAGACGACUCAGGUAUCACCAAGGUCUACUCACACAGAUGAGUCUUUUGCUUCAUUUUCAACACCUGAUUUCAGCUCAAAUUCAGUGUCCCCACAAGCAACUGGAAGUGGCACAGAGUUAACUCAAUCAAACGGAAACCCAAAAGAAAGGAUUGUGACACUCUCUACAACAGAAGAAUCAACACAGACCAUUGCAUUCUCCUCAACCGAGCAAACGCUUUCAUCACCAUCCACUCCUAUAACACUAAAAACCUCAACACCUGUGACAUCCCUUAGUUCUGAAUCAGAUAUAUCUACCACUUCAAGCAGAGCAGAAUACAUAUCAGAAGAACCUUCAAAAGCACCAGUUCAAACGCCUCAGGUAUCGCCAAGUUCUACUCAAACAGAUGAAACUUUUGCUUCAUUUUCAACACCUGGAUUCAGCUCAAAUUCAUUGUCCCCACAAGCAACUGGAAGUGACACACAGUCAACUCUAGCAACCGGAAGCCCAAAAGAAACAACUGUGACAAUGUCUACAACAGAAGAAUCCUCACUGACCAUUCCAUUCUCCUCAACCGAGCAACCUCUUUCAUCACCAUCCACUCUUACAACAUUCAACACCUUAACACCUGUGAUACCCCUUACUUCUGAAUCAGAUAUAUCUACCACGUCAAGUCGAACCGAAAACACAUCAGGAGAACCUUCAGAAACACCAGUCCAGACGACUCAGGUAUUGCCAAGUUCCACUUACACUGAUAACCCCUUAGGUUCAUUUUCAACACCUGGAUUCAGCUCAAUAUCGGUGUCCACGCAAACAACUGGAAGUCCCACAGAGUUAAUUCAAUCAACAGGAAGCUCAAUAGAAACAAUUGUGACAUUCUCUACAACAGAAGAAUCAACACAAACUGUUGAGUUCUCUUCAACCGAGCAACCACUUUCAUCACCAUCCACUCUUAUAACAUUAAGGACCUCAACACCUGUGACAUCGCUUAGUUCUGAAUCAGAUAUAUCUACCACUUCAAAAAGAACAGAAUACACAUCCGGAGAAACUUCAGAAACACCAGUGCAGUCGACUCAGGUAUCACCAACUUCUACUCACACAGAUGAAACUUUUACUUCCUUUUCAGCACCUCAGUUCAGUUCAAAUUCAGUGUUCACACAGUCAACUCUGGCAUCUGGAAGCCCAAGAGAAACAACUGUGACAAUGUCUACAACAGAAAAGUCCACACAGACCCUUACAGUUUUCUCAACAGAACAGCCACUUUUAUCACCUUCCACUCUGUCAACAUCAAAAUCCUCAAUGCCUCUUUCAUCUCUUAGUUCUGAAUCUGAUGUAUCUACCUCUGCACGUAGAACAGAAGUCACAUCAGAAGAACCUUCAGAAACACCAUUCCAGACAGUUCAGGUAUCGCCAAGUUCUACUCGCACAGAUGAAACCUUAGCUUCAUUUUCAACACCUCAAUUAAUCUCAAAUUCAGUGUUCACACAGGCAACUGGAAGUGACACUGAGUCAACUCAAGCAACAGGAAGCCCAAUACAAACAAUUCUGACGCUCUCUCCAACAGAAGGUUCAACACAGACCUAUGCAUUCUUCUCAACCGAACAGUCAUUUUCAUCACCAUCCACUCUUAUAACAUUAAAAACUUCAACACCUGACACAGAGCCAACUCAAUCAACAAGAAGCCCAACAGAAACAGUUGUGACACUCUCUGCAACAGAAUUAUCCACACACACCAUAGCAUUCUCCUCAACAGAACAAUCAUUUUCAUCCCUAUCCACCCUUUUAACAUCAAAGACUUCAUCUCCUUUUACAUCACUUAGUUCUGUUUCAGAUGCAUCUACCACUGCAAGCGCAACAGCAUACAUAUCAAGAGAACCUUCAGAAGCACCAGUCCAAACAACCCAGAUAUCAUCAAUUUCUACUCGCACAAAAGAAACUUUUGCUUCCUCUUCACCAACUCCUUUCAGCUCAAAUUCAGUGUUUACACAAGCAACAGAAAGUUCAGCAUAUUCUACAUUGUUACCUUUCACCUCAGUAACGUCUGAGAUACCUGUCAUUCAUACUACAAAAGAACCAACAUCAACAGAGACAACUGACCUAUCUUUUGAAACCUCUGAAGGUACAGGGAUAACAACACAGCAGGCUUCAGUCAACCCCAGCACUGAUAAAUCUGUUACUUCACUGUCAACAACAGAAUUAAGCCACACAUAUGGACCUACACAAGUGACAGGAAGCCCCAUAGACACAAUGGUGACAAUUGCUACAGCAGAAAAAUCCACACAGACCUUUGCAUUCUCCUCAACAGAACAAGCACCUUCAUCAGCAUCUGCCCUUUCAACAUCAAAAACCUCAACACAUAUUACAUCCCUUAGUUCUGAAUCAGAUGUAUCAACCUCUACAACACUAAAAUUCACACAUACCAAUCCAUUGUCCACAACUGAUCAACAUUUUCCAUCUCCAUCAUCUCACUCAACAUCAGCUUUAACAUCUAUUUCUUCAGUCAGUUUUGUAUCUGCAGUGUCUGAAACCUCUACUGAACAAGACCAAUCAUCAACAUCAACAACAACUAGACAGGCCUUACAAACUUCAAAAGUAUCAAGUGGAACAAAUCAACAGUCGUCAAUGUCCACAACUGAAGUCAGCUCCACAGCAGAAGUUACAACACCGGUGACAAUCCCUAUAACAGAAGAAUCCACACAGAAACAUCACUCUGAAACAUCACAACUACCACAGUCCACUCCAAGUCAGUCAAGUCAAGAAUCUUCAACUAUGUAUAGCAAAACUAGUACAACAAAAGGGACAUUUUCACCAACCAUCGGACACCCAACACUGACAACAAACUCAAUAAGCCCAUCACACACAACUUUGUUGGUCACUACAUCAGAAAAAUUGUCUUUCACAUCUCAGGCCUCCCAGUCUUCUACCAUAAAUGCAUCAUCAUCAUCAUUGACCAGAUCUACUACUGAAGUCAUAACAUCUCCUCAGACCAACACUACUAAACAGGCUCUGGCAACUAAUCAGCCAUCCACUGAAUUUACAAAUCAGUCUUCAAAGUCCCCUACUUCUUUUACCACACAUUUCUCCACCCUUCAAGAAUCUACGACAUACCUUUCUACCAGUUUACAUUCUUCCAUUUUACCAAGUGAAUCUGCUCUACCAACAAACAUCACCACUGUGACUGUACAGAGCUGUAAAGACACAGACUGCCAGUGCAAUGGUUCUCCAUGUUUUCUGAAUGUGACCUCUGAACGUUGUGAAUGUAAGUGCCGUAAUUUCACAUAUGGAGAUUCCUGUGAGUUGGCAGUUAACACUACAACUGUUAUAUACGCUCAGAACAGACCUACCAGGAAUGCAAAUAUUAUUCUGAGAAUUGCGAAAGUUUAUAAUCCUGACUUUGAAAAUUUGAACUCUCAGGCAUCCAAAAACAUGAUAGCCAUUUUAACACAUGAGCUUUCAGUUAUUUUCAAAAGAGUAGACCCACAAAACUUCAAGGAUGUAAUUAUUGUUAGUUUAAUGCAAGGCAGCAUCAUCGUCAACAGCACUGCACGAUACAACUAUCCCAACAAUCAAUCACAAAUUAAUUUUCUCAACAACAAUCUAGAAACCUCACUGAAGAUAACAUUUAAUAAUUCUGAUUUGCAUAAAAAUCUAAGUGAAGCGUUUGGAGGAGAUGUUUCGCUUACAGAAAUUACUCUGCAAGCAGUUGGAAUAGCAAACGUUUCUGAAUUAAGACCAUUCUUGAACUGCAGUUUGGAUUUUGCCAACUUUACAAUGAUUCUUGGAGAAGGCUUCUGGACAUGUGAGGGUCCAUGCAAAAGUAACACCAGCUACUGCAAUGGUAAUGGGAAAUGCCUAAAUGAAAUAAGAGGGCCAAUAUGCGAAUGCAAUAAGAAUUAUGUUGAAGAAUACUAUGGGCCACAGUGUGAACUUUACCGCAGAGCUGCAGGGUUUUAUGCUGCACUUUUUGGGAGUUUAGCAGGUGCCAUAAUGCUUCUUAUCAUUCUGACAACAAUGAUUUUGGUUCUGCGAAAACGGAAUGCUGGAAAGUGGUCCAUGAACAGCAAGUCUGACUUGAAGAGGCUGUCAUUGUUUGACAAUGAUUUCUUUGACUUCAGAGACAGAGGUCGUUUUGGAACAUACAACCUAGGUGAAAAUGGCAAUGUGGCUGAGGAGACAUCUGUUGGAACUUUCAUGCCACAUCUUGAGAAUGUUGACACAAUAGUAGAUUUGACAACAAACCGCCCAGAAGCUAACCCAUAGUUUUCGGGUGGAGGUUUUGGUGUUAUAGUCACAUAAGUCUUUGCUGGAGUGUCACUGUUUCAAAUAAUUUAUUUUUGUGCAAACGUGGAGUGAGAUGUCUGUCAAAUGAAAGGACAAAUUGACAGGCUGUCAUGAGACCGUUUACAGUUUUAUACGUCACUGUUUUUACUGCGUAACUGAUAAUAACUUAUGUAGGCCAUUAAACAAUAACUUGGGCAGGUUUAGAAAUCCAAGAUAAUAUCAUCAGCAUUGUGAUUAAUUUAAUUAAAAAAGUGAAUACAUGCUACACUAUAUGUCCAGACACAUCUUCUAAUUAAAGAGCUAAUACUAAUUAAAGCUUCUAAUCUUCUAAUUAAAGAUUUAAGUUGUUUUAAGGUGCAGCCAUUGCUGAAACAGACAUUCAAUUGCACACACAAAGCUUGUAUAAUCUCUAUAGAAAAGCAUUGUCAAUUAAAUGAGAUGUUCUGGAGCUACGCAAAGCGUCAGCUACAAACCCCCACUGCACUGGGCAGAGGAGCAGUGGACUGGUGUUCUCUGCAAUUAAGGAGCACCACCAUGCAACCUCUGGGAUGAGCUGGAGUGGCGUUUGAGAUCCAGAACGAAUCAUCCAACAUCAGAACCUGAUGCUCCCAUGGCUGAAUGCGAUCAAAUUCUCACAGCAACGUUGCAUUGUCUACUGUCAAGGUUUCCCAGAAGAUCAGAGGUUGUUUUUGCACCAAAAAUGUGAAAAACUGUCUGUUAAUACCCUCGAUUUCUGCCAGGGGGUUGUAACAUUAUCUCAUAUGGUGCCUAUCAAAUGCAUGGAUGAACAUGACACUGCUGACCAUAAAUAAACAAA